GAACGAGAUCCAUUAAAAUGUUGCUUGACCGAUUCCGUAGACGCAUGGAGACGGAUGCUCUUCCAGCCAAUUUUUUUUUUUUCAUUUCUGUAUACUGGAUUACCGCCUCUUUUAAUAUCUUUUCACCUCCGAUUCAUCUCCCGCCUCUUUGGAAAACCUAGGGCUUUAAUACCACCUUACCAUAGCAGAAUAUCCUAAUCGAGUCAAGGAUCAUACUAUAGAUGGUACCUCGUUAUGGCAGAGACAGAGUUUUCGGAGUUCGGCCUCGGGCCACAGAUAUAUCGCGAACAUACAAGUGCUUCGCGAGCUUCGAGGGGUAUCCGUGGACGCGAUGGUGGUUUAAGCCAUUUUGCGGAUCUAGUCCAGAGUAUCAGCAACCAGGAUGCAGAAGCUAGAUACAAAGCUGAAGAGGCAGAUAACAGGUUGCCGACAGAUGACUCGCCAGAUCCGAGUCAAUUCCAAGGUGCGGAGGGAAAGACGAUAAUAUCAUGGGAACCCAACGACAAGGAAAAUCCGUAUAAUUGGCCUAGAUGGCGGAAGAACCUUAUUCUUGUGACCACAAUGACGACCGUUCUCAAUAGCACGAUGGGAAGCUCAUUGCCGAGUAUGGCUAUCCCCUACAUGAUGAAAGAAUGGGAAGUUACUUCUCAAACACAGUCUAUCCUCCCAAUAUCCACAUUCUUAAUGGGUUACGUCUUCGGUCCAAUUGUCUGGGGCCCGCUAAGCGAACACAUCGGGCGUCGGAUUCUCUCCACGGGAGCUUUUGUCAUGCUCAUGGUUUGGACUCUUGCCUGCGCGCUCGCUCCGAAUUGGCCAGCAAUGCUAGUAUUCCGAUAUUUAGUUGGAGUAUGCGCAUCGGCACCGAUCGCAGUCGUCACUGGUCAGCUCGCCGACAUCUAUAACGAUUCAAUUACCCGUGGUCGAGCCAUGUCUUGGUUCAUGGUUUUCACUAUCUUUGGCCCACUACUCGCUCCGAUCAUAUCUGGAUUCUGCUCGACGAGGAUUGGGUGGCGAUGGACUUUCUGGAUUGCCUUGAUGGUUGCUGGCGCGACAUCAAUACUGGUGAUAUUCCUCCCUGAAACAUAUGCGCCUGUGCUCCUCACCCGACGAGCAAGAAAGAUCCGAAAAGCGGAUCCUAAGGCGCAAGUUUACUCUGCUUUUGAGCUUGAGCCGCACGACAUGAAGCAGUUAGUUACGAGAGUUCUCACCCGACCAAUCCGGAUGAUCCUUACCGAACUCAUCGUCACUGCGACGUGCCUUUAUCUUUCGCUAGUUUAUGCAAUUUUCUACAUGAGCUUCCAAGCGUUCCCCAUCAUAUUUCAAGAUGUCUAUGGGCUGUCACCAGGAGUUACCGGUUUGUGUUAUCUUCCCAUUGGACUUGGUGCAGUUCUUGCGCUACCGGUCUUCUUUACUUAUGACAAUAUUCUUCUUAAUGCUCAAGCUCGUGGUGAACCAUGGUCAAAAAAAGAGGAGUUCCGCCGUGUUCCACUGGCUACUCUCGGCGGCCCAUUAUUCGUUAUAUCACUAUUCUGGCUUGGCUGGUCGGCACGAUCAGAUGUGUCAUUUGUGGUACCGAUGUUAGCUGGUAUUCCUUUUGGUGCAGGUUUCAUGUUAAUCUUCAUGGCGCUGCUUAAUUACAUCACAGAUGCCUAUGAGAUAUUCGCUGCAAGCGCUAAUGCUGCUGCGAGUUCCUGCCGUUCCGUCUUCGCAGUCGCCCUCCCGUUUGCGACAAUCCCUAUGUUCGACCGUCUUGGCAUCAGCGGGGCAUGCAGUUUGCUCGGUGGGUUAAGUCUAUGCAUGUGUGUCAUCCCCUUCAUAUUCAUCUGGAAAGGAGCGGCGAUCCGAGAAAGGUCCAAGUUCUGCAUCGCGCUCAAGGAGCAAAAACUGGAAAUGGAGCGGAGACAUGAGGAACAGCAAAGGAGAAAAGCUAGGGCGGCUGCUAGUCCUGGUGUGUUAGAUGACAAAGAAACGAUUUAACGUUUUAAUGAUGGCAAUUAUGUAUUAUGAUAUUAUGAAUUGGAACACGAAGGGUUCA